UGAAUGUAGUAUGUAAGCCUAAAUCAAAAUGUUUUAAUAUACAUGAAAUACUUGUGCAAAUAUUUACUUUGUUCUACUAACUAAAAUAUAUGUAAUUCAAGCAUGGUGGGGUGAAUUUCUUUAGCUCUGACAUGUUUGGUGUAGUAAGAUACACAUAGACUAAGUGUUUAUUCUGUUUAUUCUGAUGCUCCCUGUCUUCUGAGAUCAUAUUUGACCCAGGUAUUUCUUCAGACAGGUUUCACUGUCAUGGUCCAAUCCUAGUGUUCUGUUGUUCCGGUCCGUGUGCUAAGCUCAGCACAUUCGUGUGGGUGUGGCAGGUACUGAAGAGACGAUUAGCUGACUUUUAAUUUCUAAUAAAAAUAUGACUAUUCAUUUUAUAGUGAAAAAAACAGUAGUUAUAUCAUUUAGUUCAUGGGAGACUUAAAUGAUUUUUAAUAAUUCAUGUUUUUUUGUACCAAAGAGUAUUAUAUUACUGCUGACUUUUAGUGUCAUAGUACCUUGUGGUAGUUUCUCUACAAGGUUUAAAGGGAUAUGCCAGUUUUGUUCCCCUAGUACUAUGCCUAAGAAAUAAUUUCUGCAAAUGCUUUAAGGGGAAUGCCUCCACAAGACCUUAAGUACCGUUUACAUAUUAUGAGGAUUGGUCAGUUUCAUUGUCUUCUUUUGUCAAUUUUGAUUCGAGAUCGCAGAGUAAGUCUAUAAGCCUGCAUGUGCCUGGCAACUGUUACCUAGUGACAGUUUCAGCUGCAGUAGCCAUUGGCUGUGCUGUAGAUUGGGGCAGGAGGACGAGUCACCUUUCUGAUGGUGAGUUCUUCUCCAUCAGCUCAGGAGGAGGAGGAAGAGGAAGGGGAGGGGGAGGAGGAAGAGCAGCAGCAGCAGACAGUGGCUCAGGUGGAGGCAGCAAGACUGAGAAACUGUAAAGAGUCUCCCAGCAGCUUCCCGAUAGCUGCACCACAGUGAAUCGGACUUCUGAAUCUCGCAACCCAGUCUCGCAGCCGAUCAGAGUGAAUGCACAUGAGAAGCAUCACCUUACUCCUGUAACGAGAACUAUUUUCUGAUAAGUGGAACUCAGCAUGUCCAAGGAGGACUAGCCCGUGGCUGACAGAAAAGGACUCGCCUGAAUGAUGUGUUGCUGCACGAGACAAUAACUUUGAGAAGAAUGCUUUCUGUUAAGCUGCCACAUUGUUCCUGAAGGAAAGGUUUUCAUUUCUAGUGCAUGCUAGUUCUUCAAAAGCUGUGACAACAAAGAGUGACAAGAGACUCCCUGAAUUGUUUAUACUUGGGGAAAAGACUUUGGCAAAUGUUAACACGGUGCCAGAAUGACCUUGGAAGCCUUUCGGAUGGAUUCUGCCCUGCCACAAUCGCAGUAUGUCAGAGUCCAGGAUUUAAAUCAAUCUUGAUGUUUUGAGCUCACCCUCCUCCCUUAUCCCCCAAAGCUGAGAUGUGUCACUGGUGAACUAAGGCUGAUGAAGAGACCUGAGCACACUGUGGGAUGCUCAGCUGUAAUACAGGCACUGGCACUUUCUACUGAAGCAGGUUCUGAGACACUGAUUUGCAGAGUUUAACAGAUGCUGGCCCGGGCACCUGCUUGUUGGAGCCAAAGCUGCAAACUCCCUUAAUUUCAAGCCAUGAAUGAAUCCAGGUGGACUGAAUGGAGGAUCCUGAACAUGAGCAGUAGCAUUGUGAAUGUGUCCGAGCACCACUCCUGCCCUCUUGGAUUUGGUCACUACAGUGUGGAGGAUGUCUGCAUCUUUGAGACAGUUGUCAUUGUCUUGCUGACAUUUCUGAUCAUCUCUGGGAAUUUAACAGUCAUCUUUGUCUUUCACUGUGCUCCGCUGUUACACCAUUAUACUACCAGCUACUUUAUACAGACCAUGGCAUAUGCUGACCUCCUCGUUGGAGUUACCUGCUUGGUUCCUACUCUGUCCCUUCUUCAUUACUCUACAGGUGUCCAUGAGUCAUUGACUUGCCAGGUGUUUGGAUAUAUUAUUUCAGUUCUAAAAAGCGUGUCUAUGGCAUGUCUUGCUUGCAUCAGUGUGGAUCGAUAUCUUGCAAUAACCAAGCCUCUAUCCUACAAUCAACUGGUCACUCCUUGUCGCCUGAGAAUUUGCAUUAUUAUGAUUUGGAUUUACUCCUGCCUAAUUUUCUUGCCUUCCUUUUUUGGCUGGGGCAAACCUGGUUACCAUGGUGACAUUUUUGAAUGGUGUGCCACAUCUUGGCUUACCAGUGCCUAUUUUACUUGCUUUAUUGUUUGUUUACUUUAUGCUCCUGCUGCCUUGGUUGUCUGCUUCACUUACUUUCACAUUUUCAAAAUUUGCCGGCAGCACACCAAAGAGAUAAAUGACCGGAGGGCCAGAUUCCCUAGCCACGAGGUAGAGGCCUCUAGGGAAGCAGGACACAGCCCUGACCGUCGCUACGCCAUGGUUUUAUUUAGGAUAACUAGCGUGUUUUACAUGCUGUGGCUUCCGUAUAUUAUUUACUUUCUUCUAGAAAGUUCUCGUGUCUUGGACAACCCCACACUGUCCUUCUUAACCACCUGGCUUGCAAUAAGCAAUAGUUUUUGUAACUGUGUAAUAUACAGUCUCUCCAACAGUGUUUUCCGCCUUGGCCUCCGAAGGCUUUCUGAAACAAUGUGCACAUCUUGUGUGUGUGCGAAGGAUCAGGAAGCACAAGAUCCCAAACCUAGGAGACGGGCAAAUUCCUGCUCCAUUUGAAGAGAAUUACGUAGUAAAUCAAAUGUAAUGUGACAGUGGUUUUGGAUUUAUUCUUGAUUCAUUUGGAAAUUUGCCCUAAAGAAAUAUUUAUGUGAAUAGUUGACCAUGAAGUGAAGAAUGAGAUUAAAGAUCUUUUUUAUUUCCUUUUGUGCAAGUCAAAAAGAAUGGGAAAGGAUUUUUGAAGAAUAAUCUUAUAAGAGAAUUACAGGUUGUGAAUAUAUGUUCAGUGUUUGAUCCUCAUCACUGAUGAUAGAAGAGGAACUUCAAGUCUACAAAAUAGGAGCAGACCCCUUGGUAUCUCUCUCUGUGUGUCCUCUCUGCCUGUGUGUCUGUCUUCUAUUUAGUCUUAUUCUCUGUUCUUACUCCUUAGACUUGUGGGAGUUACUGUUUGUUAACUUCCCUUUAUGAGAAGUGCUAAUACGUAUCUGUGGCCAAGUGUCGCCUUGCCGUCAGUGUUGAGACAUGUCAGUCUACAUGAGUUGUGUUGCCUUUAGAGAGGAUGCACAGUGUUACCUUUUGUUAUCUGUCAUACAACCCCUGUGCCUAUGUUCAUGUCAUCAUCCCCAUAGCUCAGAUUUCUACUACAAACAGAACUGAGCAGUAUCUUUUCUUCUGUGUAGGAGGCCAUUUUGUUUUCUCUCCCUUUUCCAGCACCUGCUAUUGCUCUUUCAGUUUGUCUCCAAUCUUGUGAGACACAUUCUAGAAGUGUCUUAGCUGAUGAAAGAAUCCUCUGUAUGAGGCAGUCAAGAGGGUAAACAAGUUAUUUUUCAAACAAAGCAAUCUAGCAGCUGGGAGGUUGUAUUUAAUACCUCAGUGGAUUUUGAAAACAUUUUUACCAGCUUUCCUUUGAAGUUAGUUUGGGUGCCUAAAGUAAAGUCCUCUUGGUUAUAGUGAAGAUUUUUUUUUAAAUUUUCUCUAUAAAGCCCACAAUAAUACUAAUGCAGAUGCAGAUUACUCCCCAGUAAUGAUAUAUUACUCUGUGUGCUACCCAAGAUGCCCUUUAGAAAAAGCCUGACACUGCAAUGAUAGCCUAGGUCUGCAGCAGUUCACUGUCACGUCCAUUAUUCCUUUGUGUUGUAUGUAUUUGCAUAUUCUAUAUUUUUUACAAAAAUAUAAGUUAUUUUACAUGAUCUGUGCCUAAUAUUUUCUUAGCACAAUUCAGAUAUUAAUGCUGUUUAAGGUGUCAACAUUGAAAAACAUAUAUAUGGACUACCUUUAAAGUGAAAAUACUUUUGUGUCAUUGUUAUUCAGAUAUUUAUACUAGAUGAGCUGCUUUCUUACAGUUGCUGGGAAUGUAGUAUACUUAUAAAAAGCAGUUAGAUAUGUCAGUAUUUUGUUUUCUAAUGGUCUGUUUUCAAAUGCAGAGAUGAAGUUAUUUUUUAGUGUGCUACCUGAGUGUACUAAUAAGUUGGGGGUUGAGGCUCAGCCAUAGUAAAGCGGAUGUGAGCAGAGCAGCUUGUGUUCUUACUCUAUAAACUCUUGACUGGAAGAGGUUUGAUACUUUCUACCACACUGCUGAGGAGUUUUCUUCAGACUUUUGUGUUUUAUGAAAAGUAUUUAAUGAAGCGUGCCUAUGACUCUGACACAGAAGCCCACCAUGUCUGCACCCUGGUGUUUUUACUUCAGCAGUCUGUUAAAGAAAUGUUGUCACUUUAUUAAGGUUGUUUUGAACCCCUGUAUAUUUUUAAAUAUGUAAGAAAGGUUUAAAAUAAAUAAUAAAAUAGUAUUCUAUAUAUCAAAACCAGAUUUUAUAUCAGUUUACUGAAACUCCAGGAAUCAGAGUUCCUUGGGAAAUCAGAAUCAAAUUGUUGUGUACGUCAUAGAUGAGGGUUGUGUGGAGUCUUAUUUCCUGUUUGCCAGUGAUAUCAUAGAUGAAUUGAGGUGUACCAUUUUAAACAGUAUUUCUAUUUCUUCACAUAUGAUAAAUAAAUUCUCCAAUAUUAUUUGUAUUAUUCAGGAAUCUGUUUUUGUUGUGUGUAAUUUAACCUAACUUAGAGGGGCUGGAAGGGUAUCUCGGGGACUGAGAGCACUUAGCACUCUUUUAGAGAUUUGAGUUCCAUUUUCAGCACCCCAUGGGGCAGAUACAUCUGUCACUGCAUCUCUGGGAUUGCUGGUAUCUUCUUCAGGCCCCUGCAGGCACCACACUCAUCUGCACACACCUCCACACAGACAUACACAUACAUCCAUACAUAAUAAAAAUAAAUGUUCAUGGGAGUUUAAAGUCUGGACAAGGAUUCUGGAGUUAUUCCCUCUCCUGAAUUUUCCUCAUAAUGUUAAAUGGGUUUCUGCCAGCUUUAACAGUGAGUUUUAUGUGUAUUCUAACAUUUAAUCCUCUCUAUAGCCGUUGCUCACAUCACAGUUAUUUCCAGUCUAGAACUGAGGAAAAAUGAUUCACUCGGGAUCACUCAACCAAUUACAGAGCCUUGUGCACACUUGCUGGUGGCUUUGCCUGUGUCUGAUGCCAGUGAAUCCCACAGCUGUCUAGGCCUGGCCUUAGCUGAGGAUUGGUCUGCACUGCAGUUCAGACAAGCCUCCAGGCCUGUGCAUCUCUCACUCUGCUUUUUCGUCAAAAAUUUUCUGGGAAUCAUUUAUGCUUUCAGUGCUGUCUUUGCCUCAGUUUUUUUUCUCCAUGGAGUAUCAUUUUCUUUGAUCUUGUACACUUCUUUUAUUAAAACCUCAGCCU